AAUGUAAUUAAAACAAUUUUAUUGUAUAAUAAAAUUUAUCGUUUAAUUUGAAAUAAUAGAAUGAACAGAUCCAACUAAGAGAUUUAAUCUUUAACGCUUUAAAAGAAAACAAACUUAUGACAACGAGAUUAGACCGCCUUAAACAUAUUCUGGAGACUGAAACCCAUGAUGACGCUACAAGAAAUCAGUAUAAUGCUGAAGCAUUGCAAAAUGUUCAGAAACAAAUACAAUACUUGCAAUUAGAAAAUAAGGAGCUUCGUGAUAUGAACAAUAGUUCACAAAUUACUAUAAAAAAUCUAGAAUUGGAAUUACAAACAUUUAGAAAUCAUAUGAUAACAAAAACCUAUGAUGAUGAUAAGCAAAAACAAGAAUUUAGAAUAAAGAUACUUGAGAAGACUGUUGGAAAUCAAAAAAAUGAGAUGGCACGACAAGCAACAAUUAUUCAGCAACUUUUGGAACAAAAGAAAGCUUUUCGUAUGCAAAUACAAGUUUUAGAGCAAGGAAACGAAGAAAAAUCACGUAAAAUCCAAAGUUUAACUGAUAAGAGUACGCCACAAAAUUCAGAAGGUGUAGAGUUUUGGAAAGCUUGUUAUUUAGAUUUGAAAGAGAAAUUUCAAUACCUAGAGAAAGCCCUUGAUAAUCGAGUAGAACGUGAAAAAAGGGCUCUGAAAAAAGUUGAAGAGACAUUAUAUGUGGUUGAUAGUGCUCUCACCGAGAAAGAGGCAGCAAUUCAACGGGAGCAGGUAGUCAAAGAAGAAUGUGAACAUUUAGCGUCAACUAUUGGUCAAGUAAUGGAUGAAGCAUCAAAAAAAGUGGAUGAAGAUAUGUUAUCGGAAAAAAGAAAAUAUGAACUCAAGGAAAAGGAGCUUAAAUGCAUUAAAGAGAAGCUUAGCGAUAAUUGCAAAAAUCAAGCAAAAUACAAUCAAAUUCUCCAAGCACGUUGUAAUAGAUUUGAAAAAAAAUACCAAGAUGCGAUUUCAGAAACGACGAGACUAACAAAUGAAUUAUCCACAGCUGCCAGAAUAUUAGAUGAACUUGAAGCCAAAAUAAUAGAACGUGAUAAUGUAAUUUUAGAAGGCAAAAAAACGAAAAGAAUCGUUGAAGAACACGAAGAAACAAUAAAAAAAUAUAUGGAAAGGCAUAAAAGUCUUAAUGAUAAAUACAAAUCGAUUAUAGCGGACAUGUCAAUAAAGUUUGAAGACGAAGUUAAUAAACUACAGAAGCAAAAUGCACAAUUGCAAAAAAAACUGCAACAAUUUCUGUGCGAUGAAAAUAGAUAAUAAAGCGUUGUUAUCAUAGUUAAAU